AUGGCCGGAUUAUUUGAUCUUGAAUCUCACUUGAUCUUUUACAGAUCAUAUCACUUCAACAAAGUUAAUGUGACAAUUCAUUUAAUGUGUAUCCCGAUUAUUUUAUUAUCAACAAUCACCUUCUUGAUUCCUCAAAAUGUCUUAGGUGAAGCUCACCAAUCCGUGAAUCUCGGUUCUAUUUUAGCUUGGGGUUAUGGUAUUUAUUACGUCUUAUUGGAUUGGAAAGUUGGAAUCCCAUCAGCAGCCAUCUUGACAACUUAUGCUCAUUUCAUCAAGAAUUAUUAUUUGACAUUGUCCGAAACUAGUGAACCUACUCUGAGUGAAUUUGUUAAAUAUGCAAUCUAUCUUCAUAUUGGUGCUUGGUUAGCCCAAUUUUAUGGGCAUGGUGUUCAUGAGAGACGUGCCCCUGCUUUGUUGGAUAAUCUUUUACAAGCUUUAGUUUUGGCUCCAUUUUUUGUUGCUUUUGAAGUUGCUUUUGCUCUUGGAUUAAGAAGUGACUUGAAAAAGACUAUGGAUAAUAAGGCUGGUGCUAAUCUUAGAGAUUUCCGUGCUAGAGAAAAGGCAAAGAAGGCAGCUAAAAAGGAUCAGUAG